GAGGGCCGCGAGCUGCGAAAGGGCGGGAAAGGCGGUUGGAGAGGGAGGGGCGAGCGGUUACUUACUCCAUGGCUGCGGAAAGGAGAGGCAACGGCUGCCUCGGUUGAAGAAAGAAAGCGGGAGCGGAAAGCGCAGGCGCGGUUGCAGACGCUGACGGAUUUGCUUUGGGACCUGGAGUAGCUGUUGCCACCAGAGUCUGGAGCCAUGAGCGGGUUUAAUUUUGGAGGCAGUGGGGCCCCUACAGGCGGGUUCACGUUUGGCACAGCAAAGACAGCAACAACCACACCGUCAACAGGGUUUGGAGGGUUUACUUUUGGGACUCCCUCGCAGAUGCCUGCAAGUACCUCUUCCACCGGCCUGUUCUCGUUCACUACCCAAACUCCUGCAACACAGACUCCAGGAUUUGGUUUUGGAACAACAACGCCUGCAUCAGGAGGAACUGGAUUUUCUUUGGGGAUCAGUGCUCCAAAGCUAAACUUGACCAAUACAAGUACCACCCCAGCCACAGCAACCCCUGGCACCUUUGGGCUUGGCAGUAGUACUCUCACCAAUGCCAUAUCCAGCACUGUCACCUCCAGCCAGGGCACAGCAUCCACUGGCUUUGUGUUUGGGUCUUCUACAGCUGCUGCUGCUGCUCCAUCCACCACAUCAGGAGGGUUCUCAUUCACUGGUGGAAGCACGUCCCAGACUGGGACCUCUGGUUUUAACAUUGGCUCAGUGGGGAAUUCAGCCCAGCCCACGGCACUCACUGGGUUACCCUUUACUCCAGCUACACCAGCAGCCACUGUAGCAGGGGCCACACAGCCAGCCACUUCGGCACCCACUGCUGCCACCACCAGUGCUGGGCCCAGCCUCUUUGCUUCAAUAGCAACUGCUCCAACCUCAUCUGCCACCACUGGGCUCUCCCUCUGUCCCCCUACUACCACAGCUGGGGCUUCUGGGGCUGGUAUGCUGGGCUUCAACUUAAAGGCCCCUGGAGCAGCUUCUGGUGCCUCCACAGCAACGACCACCGCCACUACCACCACCACCACCACUACUACCGGCUUUGCCUUGAAUCUAAAACCACUGGCACCAGCCGGGAUCCCCAGCAAUGCAGCAGCCACCGUGACUGCCCCACCAGGUCCCAGUGCAACCACUGGGUCGGCCACCAGUCCCGUGAUGACCUAUGCACAGCUGGAGGGCCUGAUCAACAAGUGGAGCCUGGAGCUGGAGGACCAAGAGCGGCACUUUCUCCAGCAGGCCACCCAGGUCAAUGCCUGGGACCGUACACUGAUUGAGAAUGGAGAGAAGAUCACCAGCCUGCAUCGCGAGGUAGAGAAGGUAAAGCUGGACCAGAAGAGGCUGGACCAGGAGCUUGACUUCAUUCUGUCUCAGCAGAAGGAACUAGAAGACCUGCUCAGCCCACUGGAGGAGUCAGUCAAGGAACAAAGUGGGACCAUCUACCUGCAGCACGCUGAUGAGGAGCGAGAGAAAACCUACAAGCUGGCAGAGAACAUUGAUGCGCAGCUGAAGCGCAUGGCCCAGGACCUCAAGGACAUCAUUGAACACCUGAACACGUCUGGGGGCCCUGCCGACACCAGCGACCCGCUGCAGCAGAUCUGCAAGAUCCUCAAUGCGCACAUGGACUCGCUGCAGUGGAUUGACCAGAACUCAGCCCUACUGCAGAGGAAAGUGGAGGAAGUGACCAAGGUGUGUGAGGGGCGUCGCAAGGAGCAGGAGCGCAGCUUCCGGAUCACAUUUGACUAAGCAGACAGUGUCUCCAGGGCCCACGGGUUCUGAGGAUCUUUGAGGGGGAAUGUGCCCUAAUUGUCUAGUUUUGGUGGGUUGCAACAAAUGUUGUUGCAACAAGAUACUUGUUUGUUUCUUUAUUUCUUUCCUUCAAAUGAUUGUGCUGUUGAGAGAAUUGUUCUGUGGUUUAACUUUUUCCCCUUAGUGAAGAGGAAGUAUUCUGAGCCCUCUGGUCCAGGCAGUAGGCUUGUGAGUGUAGUUUCUGUGUUUCAUUGGCAUAUCUUAGCCCCCUUUCACCUGCUACAACCAUAGCUACUCUUCCUUCUGUCUCCAGCCAAGUGAUGGCUCCAACUCACCUAAGAAAAAUCUUCACUUCCCAGCCAGGUUGGGUGGGCAGCCAUGCUGUCCAACACAUAGUCACAGGUGCAGUGAAAAAGUACCAAGGUUAAAAGAAUCUCCAUCCUCAGGAGACAGCAGCCUAGUUCUGAAGUAUAAGAUGUGUACUUGUGAAAACCACCAAGACAAAGAAGUGAAUUGUGACUAGAACAAAGGGAUAGAGAAUUUCAAAGGCUAAAAACAGGUCAGCUGAGGAGCCUGAACUAGGUAUUGAGAAAAGAGUGAGACUCAAGAGGUCUUCGCUCUCCAGGUGUCACCUGAGGCCUCACCUCCCCAGGAAGUCUUCUCAGCCACCGAAGCUCAGUCAGUUGGUUCUUGCAGGUCCCCACAGUACAUCAAGCUCACCCCUUGCAAUACUUGCAACACUGUAUUGUGCCGGCUGUUUGCUUCUCUUUCUCACAGUUAGAUUGUGAGCUCCUGUGGACAGAGAGUGGUUGCUGUUCCCCUUAUGUCCCCAGCAGGGUCCCUGUCACAUUUGUUAAAUGAAAGAAUAAUGAAGGUGAAACCAAUGUUUUGUUUAUCCACAAAAAUGCCUGCUGAAAUAGCCACCAUUGCCCAUGGUGGCCACAGAUUUGUUUCUGAGCUUCCCGAUGCCAAAGCUAACCUUACAGUUACAGUAAGCCACAGAGUUCAGAAGGCAGGAGCCAGCCUGUUGUAUACCUGUCUUUAUAUCUUGUUGCAUUCUCUGAAGUAUUUAUGUUGCUUAUGUUGUUGCUUUCCUAAAUAAAAGAUUUGUAAAACACAAAAAAUUGCUAUUAAUAUGGAUA